AUGUCAAACAAAACCUACAAUGAUUUACUAUGCGAAACAUCAGAAAUCAUUGGCGAGGCAACGCAGGCGGACGAGGCAGUGUUUGCACUAGGCGAGGCAGAGAAAACCCAGCUACACCCGCAUCUGUCCGAGCUCAGAGUGAGGUAUACGGUCCUCGUCCGGCGUUUGGAUAACGUGUACGACCAGUUGUUGCAACCUCAGAAGAGGAUGAUAGUCAAGCGUUUACUCGAGGCGUGUUUGGGGAGGCUGAUUGAAAUUAAACAUGAUUUAGUGGAGUUGCAUUUGUCGGAUUACACGUUUGACGACGAUGAGGUUUUGCAAAGACUCCAAGUAACGCCAACCGAAGCAGAGCCAUGUAUCCCUCAAUACUUCAUAAGAGAAAGAGAAGAAGAGGUGAAGAGUCGGCAGCAGUUUAUCAUAGAUACUUUGAGGAAACUUGGCCAUGAGCCUCCGAAGCCUCAAGCGGUGGUACUUACGGAACAGCAGGCGGUGCUCAUUAUUCAGAGUCAUGAGAGAGCUAGGCAGGGACGAUUGAGGGGACAGUUCAUGAAAGAGAUCCGUUUAUUGAAAGAGAAAGGAAGAGACCAGAAAAGUGAAAUGUCUCCGUCAGCUGCCACAGCUAUACAGCGCGUGUGGAGAGGUUUCAUAGCAAGAAGAGCAACGAAGAAGAGGAAACAAGAAGAAGCGCUUCUUAUUGGAAUGGAAUUACCGCCGUAUACAGAAUCGGUAGCAAUCAAGAAGUCUGAAGAAAUAAAAGAAUACCGACGAAAACUACAAAAGGAGCGAGAAAAGGAAUAUCAAAAUGCUCUAGUGACAAUCGAAGAACAGCUAAGAAAACAACAUGGUGUAAAACUUAAUGAGCAAAUAGGGGCCGAGUUGAGGAGGUAUAUUUCGGAGUAUUUUGAGAGGACUGGAAGAUUUCCAGAUUUUCCGUCAGAAGAAAGUGGUGGAAGUCGAGCCAUGUUUAGUAGACAAGGCACGAGUCCUGAUAGUACAUUGAGUAAAUCUUCGCCGGUAUCAUCUAAGGAAUCGAAGAAAAGCAAGGAAAGUAAAGAUAAGAAAAAUGGAAUGUCUGAAGACAAUAAGAAUAAAGAUGAGGAAGCAGAUUUACAAACGUUCAAGUGUAGUACCUCGAACUUUUUACAAGACGUCAUUAGUGCCAAUGAAGAAUUUGAAGAUAUAUGGAAAUUUAAAGAUGAUGCUGAUAAUCCACAUGAAAGAUAUUACAAGGACAUGAUAGAAAGAGAAAAGAUGGUUAAAAUUGAACAAGAAAUAAGAAACAUCGUAGAUGAAAUGAUGCGUAAUGAACUCGAGCAGUUACAAGCUGCGUUUGACAGAGAUAGAGCUUACAAAGGUAAAAAGGCGAAGAAACCUCAAAAGAAGGUCCGACGUGGAGGAAAGAAGAGCAAAAAGAAAAAGGAAAAAGAUUUAACACCAGACAGAACAACGGAAUCAUUGUUUGAAGAACUAGUAUCAAAUGGCAUUAUCCGUCCGUAUCCAGUUUGCAAAAUUGAUGACUAUAUUGGCGAAAAUUCCUUCGUUGGAGCCGAAUGGAGGAACGAAGGCCGAGAGCCAAUGCCUUGUCUGGGGGAUAUAAGGCAGUUAAUAAAAGAGUAUUGUAUUCUGCCUCUUGGUUCAGAGCACGUUCGAACUCAUGCACCGUUAGUGCGAUCAGUAUUGUUGUCUGGUCCAGCAGGCAGCGGAAAAAAGAUGUUAGUUCAUUCAAUCUGCAGCGAAGUGGGAGGGGUAUUAUUUGACUUGUCCCCAGCUAAUAUAGUUGGAAAGUAUCCAGGCAAAUCAGGGCUUAUAAUGUUGAUACAUUUAGUCGUUAAAGUGUCGCGCUUACUUCAGCCAGCUGUGAUUUGGAUGGAUGAUGCUGAAAAGCCAUUUGUGAAGAAAAUACCAAAGACGGAUAAAACGGAUCCUAAGCGGCUAAAGAAGGAUUUGGCUAAAAUUAUAAAAGGAAUUUGCCCAGAAGACCGCGUCUUAUUUGUCGGCACCUCGCGUUGCCCCUGGGAGGCAGAGCAGAAGCUCCUCUUCCAGUGCUACUCGAAGGUCAUCCAGAUCCCUAGAGCUGACUACGGCAGUAUAUCCCUCAUGUGGAGAACACAGCUUCACAGAGCUGGGGCCUUGUCACCUAGACUGGAUCUCUCUAGUUUGGCUAGAGUAUCGGAUUCGUACACUAUUGGGACACUGCUGUCAGCUUUAGACGCAUUAUUGACUACAAAGAGAAGGCUACAACUGCGCGUGCGCGCUCUAACCGCUCAUGAGAUCGCCGUACAGUUGAGCACGCGGGAACCUGUGUAUGCUGAACAAGACGCCUCGGCAGAAGCUUGGUGGUCUAAAACUCCUCUAGAGAGGAGACGACAAAAGGCUUUGCAAAGAAUUGAGGAGCUGGAACGCGAAGCCGAGGAAAAAGCAAAAGCUGUGUAAAAUAA